AGAAUCACAAAGACAAUCUAUCCAAUACGUGAAAAAGGCGACGGCGACUCGUCAACGGUUAUAAGAAUCUUAGUUUAAGCGUGUUUGGAUACAACGCGUGCCAAGCCACCGUGGAUUCGAAAUCGGAAAAUUCUGGAACCACCUAGAGGACGUAGGAGAUACCCCACACACCCCACGCAAUACCUCGCUUUUUCCCAACUCCAAUUUCACUAGUAAACAAAAUAUCCAACCGUCCAAAGUUUCUGAUCCAACGGUACGCAACCAACCGAACCUUCCAGAAUUUUAAGGGGUUCUUUAAAACACACCACUUGCUUCUUCCUCCCCAAUUCAGUUCAAGAAAUUGCCGGAAGUUUUUAAUUCCUUUUUCUACAAUUCGAGUUCUAAUUCCGUUAGGGUAAACAGUUGUGAGCAGAAAAUAUGGCCGGUAAAGGCGAGGGUCCUGCGAUCGGAAUCGAUUUGGGAACCACCUAUUCUUGUGUCGGUGUUUGGCAGCACGAUCGUGUUGAAAUCAUAGCCAAUGAUCAGGGUAAUAGAACUACCCCAUCCUACGUGGCUUUCACUGACUCAGAACGGUUGAUCGGCGAUGCGGCCAAGAACCAGGUCGCUAUGAACCCAACCAACACCGUUUUCGAUGCUAAGCGUUUGAUUGGUAGACGUCUUAGUGAUGCUUCUGUACAGAGUGACAUAAAAUUGUGGCCGUUCAAAGUGGUUUCUGGUGCCGGUGACAAACCUAUGAUUGUGGUAAAUUACAAGGGGGAGGAAAAGCAGUUUUCCGCCGAAGAAAUAUCUUCCAUGGUUCUAAUCAAGAUGAAAGAGAUUGCGGAGGCCUUUCUCGGAUCCACAGUGAAGAAUGCCGUGGUUACUGUCCCCGCGUACUUCAAUGACUCACAGCGUCAAGCUACCAAGGACGCUGGGGUCAUUUCAGGGCUCAAUGUUAUGCGUAUUAUCAAUGAACCUACUGCGGCUGCCAUUGCUUACGGGCUUGACAAAAAGGCCACUACCUCUGGGGAGAAGAACGUUCUCAUAUUUGACCUUGGUGGUGGGACUUUCGAUGUGUCUCUUCUCACCAUUGAGGAAGGAAUUUUCGAGGUGAAAGCCACCGCUGGAGAUACUCACUUGGGAGGUGAAGAUUUUGAUAACAGAAUGGUGAACCAUUUUGUUCAGGAGUUCAAGAGGAAGAACAAGAAGGAUAUUAGUGGAAAUGCGCGAGCAUUGAGGAGGUUGAGAACUGCAUGUGAGAGGGCGAAGAGGACUCUUUCUUCCACCGCUCAAACCACCAUCGAGAUUGAUUCCUUGUAUGAGGGCAUUGACUUCUACACAACCAUCACCCGUGCCAGAUUUGAAGAGCUGAACAUGGAUCUCUUCAGGAAAUGCAUGGAGCCCGUGGAGAAGUGUUUGCGAGAUGCGAAGAUGGAUAAGAGCACAGUCCAUGAUGUUGUUCUUGUCGGUGGUUCCACCAGGAUACCCAAGGUUCAACAGUUAUUGCAGGAUUUCUUCAAUGGGAAGGAGCUCUGCAAGAGCAUCAACCCCGAUGAAGCUGUUGCGUAUGGUGCUGCAGUGCAGGCUGCUAUUCUCAGUGGCGAGGGUAAUGAGAAAGUUCAGGAUCUUCUCCUGUUGGAUGUUAGCCCUCUCUCCCUUGGUUUGGAGACAGCAGGAGGUGUCAUGACUGUGUUGAUUCCCAGAAACACAACCAUUCCCACCAAGAAGGAGCAGGUGUUUUCAACAUACUCCGACAACCAGCCCGGUGUGUUGAUUCAGGUCUAUGAAGGUGAACGUACGAGGACUCGCGAUAACAAUUUGCUCGGAAAAUUCGAGCUCUCUGGAAUUCCUCCUGCCCCGAGAGGUGUUCCCCAGAUCAAUGUCUGCUUUGAUAUGGAUGCCAAUGGUAUAUUGAACGUGUCUGCAGAGGACAAGACCACUGGACAAAAGAAUAAGAUAACAAUUACCAACGACAAGGGUAGGCUUUCCAAAGAAGAGAUUGAAAAGAUGGUGCAGGAAGCUGAGAAAUACAAGGCUGAGGACGAGGAGCAUAAGAAAAAGGUGGAAGCCAAAAAUUCUUUGGAAAAUUAUGCCUAUAACAUGAGGAACACAAUUAAAGAUGAAAAGAUUGCUUCCAAGUUGCCUGCUGAUGAUAAGAAGAAAAUAGAAGAUGCUAUUGAUCAAGCCAUUCAAUGGCUGGAUGGGAACCAACUUGGUGAGGCUGAUGAAUUUGAGGACAAGAUGAAGGAGUUGGAGAGCAUAUGCAAUCCCAUCAUCGCUAAGAUGUACCAAGGUGCUGGUGGUGAUGCUGGUGCAGGCAUGGAUGAGGAUGGUCCUGCUCCUGCCAGUGGAAGCGGUGCUGGACCCAAAAUUGAGGAAGUCGAUUAAGCAGAACAAUUGUCGUGGAUUGUUCUUGAUUUUGCCAAGACCCUUAGAUAAUGAUAUCUGUUGUCAGACUGUUUUAAUUGGAAUUAUUUACUUUACUUUUCAUUUUUUUUUCAUUAAUGUACUUUUUCCUGUUUUAAUGUACACAAUGAUAUGAAGUUUGCUCA